GUUAUCAUCGGCUGUAUAUAUGAUAAUUAUACUAGUCAUCGCAUCUCAGUCGGUAGUAAGCCUUUCUAAGGCUUUUAGACCUUUUUUGAGUGGUGGUACUUUUAUGUUUUUGUGAUAUUUUGUCAAUGUGCGCUCUACUAAUUUGGUGACUAAAUUAUUUAGAGCUACGAUAGUGAUGUUUUCUCCUGAAUUAAGUUGAAUUGGUGACAGCUUGCAGCUAGCAAAUUGUUGCCGAAGAACGCAGUGACUUUAGUACUAACGUACGUUAGUAGUGACAAGUGUCAGUGCUUAGUGUUAGACUUUAGUGCUUAGUGCCACAGACUCAAAAUGUCGGGUUUCGUGAGAUUGGCGAUUGACGACAUCUAUUCGUCCAAUAACUGGACCACAAUCAUCAACAAAUAUUGGAUGAUGGCAGAAAAAUAUUCAGAUCCCCGGGUGCAAGGAUGGUUCCUCUUCGACACGCCGCUCGCUACCCUGGCCAUGGUCAUCGUGUACCUAGCGUUCGUUAUAGUCAUUGGUCCCAUAUGGAUGUCAAAUAGGAAACCCCUCAAGAUCCAAAGUGUCCUAGUAGGGUACAACGCGGCGCAAGUUCUGUUGUCGUCGUACAUGUUUUAUGAGCAUCUAAUGUCGGGUUGGUGGGCGGACUACAGCCUCUCGUGUCAGCCUGUAGACUACAGUGAUAGUGAAAAAGCGCAACGGAUGUUACAUCUAUGUUGGGUUUAUUACUUCUCCAAGCUGUCAGAGUUCGCCGACACGAUAUUCUUCGUGCUGAGGAAGAAAAAGAGUCAGAUCACGUGGCUACAUUUAUACCACCACUCGUUGACGCCAUUUGAGGCUUGGCUGCUAGUCAAAUUCAUUGCCGGUGGCCACGGAACCUUCUCGAACAUCGUGAACAACCUUGUCCAUGUCAUCAUGUACGGUUAUUACAUGGUAGCAGCCAUGGGACCUCAGUACCAGAAGUACCUUUGGUGGAAGAAGCACCUCACUCAUAUCCAACUGGCGCAGUUUUUCAUGGUGCUUUUCCACUCCAUCAGUGCUCUUAUCUACGACUGUGGCUAUCCUAAAAUCAUCGCAUCCGGUCUCAUUCUUCACUCCUCAAUCUUCAUCGUUCUCUUCAUGAACUUCUACAUGCACGCCUACAAAGCCCAAGCCAAGAAAGCAGUGAAGCCUUCAGAAGACGCUGUGAACAACAACCUGAGCAAUGGCCACGCCAAAUACAAUGGCGUCAAUGGCAAAAUCCAUAUGAAUGGCCACGCAAAUGGACAAGUCUAUCCUAAUGCUGAAGAAAUAACAAAGGCUAGCUUAGGAUCCAAUGGAAUCACAAAAGCCUGUAUUGAAACCAAUGGUCACGUCAAAAACGGUUUCACGAACGGCCAUGUCAAUUCAGAUAUCACAGAAAAAGAAAAAGUCCAAUAGUCCAAGCCAUUUUGGAGGUUGUUAAUAGGUUUUUAUUGUAAAUUGAAACAAAAAUUUAACAAUUUUAUUGGUAGUGUUUGUAAGACUACCAAAGAUGCUAAUAUUAUUGUUAAUCAGACAUUUUGUCUCAAAUUUUAUAUAAUUUAGUAAAAUAUAUUUACAAAAUUAGUGGCUAUACACGUGCUCUACAUUUGACUAGUUUAGAAAUAAACAUGUAAAUAAGUACUUCGGUACCAUACGAACCUCUAACAAAUUCACAUAAACCUCACGCACUUUGUUCUUUUCUAUCUUGAUAAUUAACAGCUCAAUGUUAAACUACCUCAUAAUUGACAUUCUUUGCCUACUUUUUAAGUUUUAAGCCUAGAUUACACCAAUGAAGAAAAUUAAUAUUACUUUAUCAUGAUUUUUUUUUAAUUACAAAAUUCGGUUUUUGUUCAAGGUAUUGGAAAUUAAACAUUAAUUUUGAAAAUUGGUAAAGGUGUUGGAUUUAAAAAAACCCAUUUAAACUACUUUAAGACUAUUUUAAGACUGAUUACUCGUAAUAAUGUUACAUAUACCCAUCUUAUACCUGUCUUUAUUAUGAAUUUAUAUUUUACUUGACUUAAUUAUCCAGCUUCUUAAAUGAGAUUCGCACUUCUUUUUUUAUCUUAUGUAUAUAUCUCCUAACACACACUCUUGGUAUAGUAACUUAAAAGUUUCUAGCUAUAUAUAAAUCUUAAGGGUUAAAAUUUAUUUUGGUAAAUUUAUCAUUUUUAUGUUUUAUUGGUGUGAGCUUGGCUUAAAUUUCUACAUCCGUCCAACAAGCUUUAUUUAGUAGUAGGUAUCGAAUAGUUGUAAAUACAGAUUAAAUUAUUACUUCUCAAUAGAAGAAUUCUUUCUGUAACAGAUCACAUGGCUUGAUUGUGAUAUUUUUUUACGAAUCACCAUUUUUAAACGAAUUUUCUGAUUGGUAGUUAUAAACAAUUGCUCAACGACAAAUGUAAAUAGUGUAGCUAGAAUAUUAUUGUGAUAUACUUCAUUGUUGGUUGUUAAGUUGUUGAUUUAUACGAAAGGAAUAAAAUACGAAAAAACUUUUAGUUUCUAAAUUUGGUCCUCCUAAAAGGCUAACUGUUUUACACUGAAAAUCUACCAUUAAAUAAAAUUUUAAUUACUUCAUUUUUUUAAUGUACUUAAUUUUUGCGUAAUGGAAAUCAAGAAAACUAUAUCAAAUAAUUAAACAACUUAUCAUCCUAAUUUGUAUAGCUUCCUUCGCAUUAUAAAAUAAUGCUCCGCGUGUAAAACGGGGUUUAUUAACUACGCCAAUGUUUUUGUAAACAUACCAGUCAGUUUAGGAAAAUUGUAUUUACGUAUAAAUAGGUGUUUUAUAUGUACACAGUGUAAUUUAGACUGUAAGUAGGUGUAAGAGAUAUUAUAAUGAAAUUAUAUACCGUUUUACACAAUCGAUUUGAAAAUAUUCGAGUAUCAUAAAGUUUUUAAUAUUAAAACAAUAAA